AGCAAGCGGCUUCUCAGCAAUCUUAGGGAAAUUAUUGUCGCUUCUGUUUUCAGCUCCUCUUCUUUCUUCCUUUUGGCGCCUCUUCCUCUACUUUCGUCUAUAUAUCCCGUUCUCACUCAAUUCAAUUGUCUCUUCUUUUUUUGUUCUUCCACUCUCUAACUUGUCUAGACCAUGCAAUCCGUGGUACUGCCUUCCCCUAACGUCACCUGUUCGAGAAAGCUUCGUUAUUUGCUCUACAUUGCCUGAUUGGCCGCGGAUCUUACAACGUUUGUCAUAAACGUCACCUCGUUUAGGAGUUGGUUGCCUUCCAAAUUGUAAUCUCGUAGAUUACGUCUGGCGGGAUCAGGAUCAUUCAUUCCCCUAUCUAGGCUCACAUUCAUAUAUCAAACCCCUCCCCCUCCCCCCUUUUUCUUGGUUCGCCAACGGUGCGGUCAAAUUGUCAGCCGCAACAAUGUCGUCCAGGAGCACGCCUUCUCCUUUCCGCAUUUCCCGAAAGGACGGUGAGAAGCUGGAUAGGAAUGAGGCCUUUAGGGCCAUUCGGGAGAAUUUGAGGCGGCAGGAGUUGGGCAUAGAGGCACCUAGUUUUUGUUCUUCGCACCGGUAUGAAUGUUCGGUCCAGGGCCAAGAAACAUUUCGCCUGCAUCGGGACGUUAUCCAUACUCUCCUAUUGCCCCUAUUUGUGCUCCAUAACCAAGCCUCUCGUAUUGCAACCAGUGUUCUACCGAGUCAUAAAGGAGCGGAAUCAGAGCGCGCCUUUCGCGGUGAAGCUCGUAGUGCGUAUGCUUGGCUGCAUUGCAUCCUCAGUGAAGAGCAUGAUUGGUACUUGACGGAGCGCUGCCCCGCCUGCAUCGUCCUGCACGUCCUGCAUUCUGAGCCCACUAUUCGCUUUGUGGCCGUGGCAUGUCUGUUGUCAGACCACUUACUUGGCCUGGGCCUACUGAAUUCCAACAGGCGGUUGCCUAGCUUUGAAUUUUGGCUCGAAGCGCUGGAAGCUGCUGUGCGCGAGGAUCCCUUCUGGGGCGACGAUUGCUGGCCGGACAUCGAAUAUCGGGCAUGUUCGCUGACCGAUGGCGUGAAGCAACUUGUCCUGCAAUGUUUGGAGCUCCAGACAGCUCUAGACAGGCAGAACCUGCAAUCACCAACGUCGUACAAGGUCAACCUACGUUUUGGCUGUGAAUCAUCUCAAACUCUGCCAACCCACUCGGUUCCUGGGGUGUCGUCAGACGGCACACAAAGGCCCCUCGUGAAUGCAGAGGACCAUAAACAGUAUUCAAAAAUCGCCGCGAACCGAUGUCUGCAAUUGCAUCGGAAUGACCGUCCACGGAGGUUUCAUACGAGGCGGGCUGGUGACUCACGAAGCCGGUCGAUGUACGGGCGAUAUACCCGACUCUCAGAUUAUCUCCUAGCCACCUUCAGAGUGCAACUCAGCAACUCUAUCCUGAUAGAUUCCUCGAUCUACACAAUCAACCUAAUCCCGACCACGUCAGCCAUCAUGCCCACUUCCGGUUCCCCGAAGCAAGUCUACUCGACCUCGUCACCCUUCGAGGAAAGAAUCGGAUAUUAUCGAGCUGUCCGCCACGGCCAGCAUGUGUUUGUAUCCGGUACCACAGCAGUCGACCCCACCUCACCCAGCAAUGCCCCGCAGAUUCUCUUUCCAGGCGACGCACGGCAGCAGACGCGCGUGGCGCUUCAGGAAUGUAUCAAGGCAGUGCAAGCCCUCGGCGGCAAGGGGGCGGAGAACGUGGUGCGGGUGAGAAUGUUUGUCAGUCGCCCAGAGGACUGCACGGCGGUGGGGGAGGGAUUCACAGAAGUCUUGGGGCGACAGAACCACCCUGGUGUUGGAGCAGCGGCGACGAUGUUGGUGGUGCGGGACGGGUUCGUGGAUACGAGAAUGCUGGUCGAGAUUGAGGUGGAUGCAAUUGUGGAAGAGAAGUGAUUUCAUAAAUUGACUCUACGCUCAAGGCAUCUGCGUAUCGUAUGAUAUGGCCUAGAUAUAAUUGUGUCAUCUCCCAUGUCAUAGGCUGAGCAAAAGCAGAGACGGUGAUGCCUACCUGUGCCGGUCCUCAGAUAUCUGCAUCCGGAUUAGUACCACAAUUAUCCAUGCUUAAUAACUCAACCACAUAACU